AUGUACUCGGGAUCAUUCCAGAAACUAGCCGUCGGCUUCUUCCUAAGUGCCGCUCUGGUGCAAGGAGCGUCUAUUCCAUGCGUCGACCAGCGUAGCAACACCAGUGCUUUGGAUACUCGAGCUGGAAACGAUUACCGCAUCGCAGUCUUUCAGAAUGGUCAAUGUACCGGCGAGGCUAUCCCUUACUCUGGUGAUGACGAAGAUUGCCACAAUGGUCUCGGCGCCGGCGGUGCCGGACUCCAACUCUUGGCUCUAGAUGCUGACGGCAUGCUUGUUUUCUAUGGUGCGGCUGAUUGCCCCGCUGGCCAAGAGGUCGACACCUUCAAUCCAAAUGACGACCAGACCGGAACGGACUGCAAGCCUUUGAACGGAAACCCUGUUUCGUUCCAGUUUAUCAAGGUUUGA